GGGGAAGGUGAGCCGCGCCGGCAGAGCUGGGACUUGCCAUGGCCCAGCCUGCAAAGGGGGAAGAGAGCUGCCGGACCGACGCUUAGCAGCAAGGGGGCGUGAACGGCGAGGGAGGUCCCAGGCGCCAGCAAAACUUUGCAGCCGGGCUCCCCGGCGCGGAGGAGAAGCAAACCCCGGGCUGCUCCCUCCCUUCUCCUUUUUUGGGAAGGGAGAAAAAACCGCGCGGCUGUUUGCUCAGGAGCAACUCCCCCCCCGCGGCUUCUGCCCGCAGCCCUGAAUGUCCCAUUGUCCCGGGAGCCUGGCCCCCCCUCGGUGAUGUUGGAAAACCCUCGCCCUUUGCUCCGCAGAGUCGCUGGCGCGCUGGUGCAGGGGGCUUCCUGGAGGAAGAGGGAGCCCGUGCGCAGCCCCUCGCAACUUCUCCUCCUUUUGUUCUGCAGGAGGAAACUUUCUCCCCCGCGCGGGGCGGCGGCAGAGAAGACGCGGGCAAAGGAGGCGGCGGGGCGAGCCCCCUCGGCCUGGGCUCCCCGCAGCCGGACCCCAGCUGCGGCCCGGGGGCCCCGGACAACGCCCGCGAUGCGCCCGGCCGCGGCCCCGCUGCGCGCCUGGAAGGCAGCGGCUGCUCCCUGCCCGGGGGGAUGUUAGCCCCGAGCCCCAUUGCCCCGGGAGCUCCGACUCGGGGGCGCUUUGGGGGGCGCUGGAGCGAGCUGGACUUUGCAUCGUCGGGUUUGUUUUUUGCAUCCUUUGGAAAGCUGAGCUCGGGGCCCCCCCUGGGCUGAGCCGGCCCCGGGGAGGGGCAUGGCGUGCGGCGGGGGGAGCGGCGCCAGCCCGGGGGCCGCCAGCCCGGCACCGCUCUGGUACCACCGGGACCUGAGCCGAGCGGCGGCGGAGGAGCUGCUGGCCAGAGCCGGGCGAGACGGCAGCUUCUUGGUGCGGGACAGCGAGAGCGUCUCGGGCGCCUACGCCCUCUGCGUGCUGUUCCAGAAGCACGUCCACACCUACCGGAUCCUGCCAGAUGAGGAUGACUUCCUAGCGGUGCAGACGUCGCAGGGAGUCCAGGUGAGGCGCUUCAAGACCCUGAACGAGCUGAUCGCACUCUACCUGCAGUCCAACCAGGGCCUGGUCUGCACCCUGCUCUUCGCCGUCGAGCGGGAGAAGGAGAAUGCCGAGGACAGAGACUACUCGGAUGGGGAGGAUGAAAAGCCCCCGUUACCGCCACGCUCCGGCUCCACCAGCUUCUCCCCCGCCAGCCUCGGACCAGCCACGCAGGACGGGGUCAUCGAGAGUGCCACCAAUGGCCUCAGCACGGUCUCCCACGAGUACCUGAAGGGCAGCUACACCCUGGACCUGGAGGCUGUCAAAGCCGGGGCCAGCAGCCUGCCCCAUCUCAACAAGACCCUGGUCACCUCCUGCAAAAGGCUACACAGCGAGGUGGACAAGGUCCUGUCCGGGCUGGAGAUCCUCUCCAAGGUGUUCGACCAGCAGAGUUCACCUGUGGUCUCCCGGAUCCUCCAGCAGGUAAGGUCAGGGGUGGGGAGUAGUGGCUGCGGGGUGCCGCAGGGGGCCAAUACCCCACCCCUCCGGGACUUAGGACCCCUUCCCCAGCCUUAUGUCUGCCCUGUGUCUUCUCAAUUACUGCUGCCCCUCCCCUUGGGCCUUGCUGUGGGGGACCUGCCAGGUGAAGGCCCAUCCUCCCCCCCGAGAUCUGGGGGCUGGAUCUUUCUUCCCCGUAGCAGGACCCGGACCCUGAUCCCCCAUUUGGGACCCGCUCCCAUGAAAGGGGACGCAGCGGCAUUAAGUUGGGAGAACAAACUGAGCCCUCUUUAUGGGGACAGGGGAGCCCCUCUGGCCUACGCCACCCCCGAUCCCAAGCUGUCUGCCCUGAAGGACUUCCUGUCCAGCAUCGAGAAGAAGGCUCUGAAAGCUCUCCAGGACAUGAGCUCCACGGCCCAGUCUACCCUGGCCCAGCCCUCCUCCCGCAAAGCCAAGAGCAUCCCCGUGCAAGCGUUCGAGGUGAAGCUGGACGUCACCUUGGGGGACCUCACCAAGAUCGGCAAGUCGCAGAAGUUCACGCUGAGUGUGGACGUGGAGGGCGGGAAGCUGGUGGUGCUGAAGAAGCAGAAGGACUCCCAGGAGGACUGGAACACGUUCACCCACGACAAGAUCCGACAGCUGAUCAAGUCCCAGCGGGUGCAGAAUAAACUGGGGAUCGUCUUCGAGAAGGAGAAGGAUAAAACUCAGCGGAAAGAUUUUGUCUUCGUCAGCGCCAGGAAGCGGGAGGCGUUCUGCCAGCUGCUGCAGCUGAUGAAAAACAAACAUUCCAAGCAGGACGAGCCCGACAUGAUCUCCGUCUUCAUCGGCACGUGGAACAUGGGAAGCGUGCCUCCCCCCAAGAGCAUCACGUCCUGGUUUACGUCGAAGGGCCUGGGGAAGACGCUGGAUGAGAUGACGGUCACCAUCCCCCAUGACAUCUACGUCUUUGGCACCCAGGAGAACUCGAUGGGGGACAAGGAGUGGGUCGACUUCCUCCGGAGCGUGCUGAAGGAGUUCACGGAGAUCGAGUACCGCCCGAUCGCGAUGCAGGCCUUGUGGAACAUUAAGAUUGCCGUCCUGGUGAAACCGGAGCACGAGAACCGCAUCAGCCACAUCAGCACCUCGAGCGUGAAGACCGGGAUCGCCAACACGCUGGGCAAUAAAGGGGCCGUGGGAGUCUCCUUCAUGUUUAAUGGCACCUCUUUCGGCUUUGUGAAUUGCCAUCUGACCUCAGGCAACGAGAAGACGGCCAGGCGGAACCAGAACUACCUGGACAUCCUGCGCUUGCUGUCCCUGGGCGACAAGCAGCUCAGCUCCUUCGACAUCUCGCUCCGCUUCACCCAUCUCUUCUGGUUCGGGGACCUCAACUACCGCCUGGACAUGGACAUCCAGGAGAUCCUCAACUACAUCAACCGCAAGGAGUUCGAGCCGCUGCUCAAGGUGGAUCAGCUCAACCUGGAGAAGGAGAAGCACAAGGUCUUCCUGCGAUUCGGCGAGGAGGAGAUCACCUUCCCCCCGACCUACCGCUACGAGCGGGGCUCCCGCGACACCUACGUGUGGCACAAGCAGAAGCCCACUGGGGUCCGCACCAACGUCCCCUCCUGGUGUGACCGCAUCCUGUGGAAGUCGUACCCCGAGACCCACAUCAACUGCAACUCCUACGGAUGCACUGACGACAUCACGACCAGCGACCACUCCCCUGUCUUCGGAGCCUUCGAAGUCGGAGUGACAUCCCAGUUUGUCUCCAAGAAAGGGCUCUCCAAGGUCUCAGACCAGGCCUACAUUGAGUUUGAGAGCAUCGAAGCUAUCGUGAAGACGGCCAGCCGGACCAAGUUCUUUAUCGAGUUCUACUCCACCUGCCUGGAAGAGUUCAAGAAGAGCUCCGAGAACGACAUGCAGAGCAGUGACAACAUCAACUUCCUGAAAGUUCAGUGGUCCUCGAGGCAGCUGCCCACGCUGAAGCCGAUUCUGUCCGAGAUCGAGUAUCUCCAGGACCAGCACCUGCUGCUCACGGUCAAGUCCGUCGAUGGCUACGAAUCCUACGGCGAGUGCGUGAUCGCCCUGAAGUCCAUGAUCGGCAGCACCACCCAGCAGUUCCUCACCUACCUGUCCCACCGCGGGGAGGAGACGGGUAACAUCCGUGGCUCCAUGAAGGUCCGGGUCCCGGCCGAGCGGAUGAGCACCCGGGAGAGGCUCUACGAAUGGAUCAGCAUCGACAAGGAUGAAACGGGAGCUGCCAAGGGGAAGCUGCCGCCGGUCUCCCGGGCCAGCCAGGAGCACGCCAAAUCCGCUGGACGGAAGCCCCUGCCAGGGGAGACGGCAGCCUGCCCCCUCGGGAAGCUGUUUGACGAGCCGGAGAAGCCCAGCGCCCUGACUGCCAGCCGCCUGCCAGCCCCGCUCCGCGGCACCUCCAGGGAGGAGACCUCUCAGACCAGGUCCAAGCAGGACUCGGCCUCGGAGCCCGACGGCGGCCCCACGAAGAACAGCUUCAAUAACCCGGCCUACUACGUGCUGGAGGGGGUCCCACAUCAGCUGCUGGCCGCGGACCCCCCACCCCCUCCAAGGGUGGCCCCCAAGAACAAAGUGCAGAUCACGGUGCCCGUGCAGCCGGAGUGGCGCCGCCAGCCGCUCCCGGGCCGGGGCGAGGAGAGCUCCUCAGACGAGGACACGGGCACGCUCAACCUGCCGCCCCCCGACUUCCCUCCCCCGCCCCUGCCCAAGGCCGUGGAGUUUGAGGUGGCCGAAAACCCUCUCUACGCCAGCGCCAAGGACCUGGGUGGGGCAGCUGGCAGGGAGGAACCCGGCACCGCCAAGCCGUGGGCUUCCGUGGCCUUCAGCGACCCCUUGGAGUCCAAGCUGGCCCCGCCCAAGCUACACCCCAGGCCUCCCCUCCCCCCCGGACCUGGCUUCCUGGUGGAGCCCCCCAGCGCCUCCCAGGCCCAGGGAGGCCUCCUGGACGAUCGCUCCUGCUCGGUGCUGCAGAUGGCCAAGACCCUGAGCGAGGUGGAUUAUCCGGGCAGCAAAGGGGGCAGCGGCCUGGGGCGGGAGCAGCAGGGCCGGCCGGCCCCACAUCUGCUCAGCAAAGGACGGCUGGACCUGCCCCCCAGGUGCAUGCACCCCGACUACAGCCGGCCCAUCACCUUCCCACCCCGCUCCAUCCGGGAGAGCAUCGAGGAGGACCUGGCUGAGGAGGCGCUGGGCCAGGGAGGGAGGAGCAGCUCCAGCCUGAGCGAGUGCAGCGUGGGCGAGUGGCUCCUGGCCCUCGGGCUGGAGAGGUACGAGGAGGGGCUGAUCCACAACGGCUGGGACGACCUGGAGUUCCUCAGUGACAUCACCGACGAGGACCUGGAGGAGGCCGGCGUGCUGGAUCCCAAUCACAAGCGCCUCCUGCUGGAGAACCUGCUGAAGCUCAGAAAGUAGCAGGAAUCUGCACCUCCCACGCCAGGGCCCGGGCCUGCCACUCCUGUUCGCAUCCCCCGGCCCCCUCCUGCCCCCUCCUACGUCAGGAUCUCGGGGGCUUUCACUGUGCCUGCGCCCCCCUCCCCCUGGCGGGGAGGGAGGGGACUCGAGGCAGCCACGGGCUGCAUCCCCAUGGGGGGCAGGGGCAGCGCGUGGGACACUGGCUUAGUGCUGCGUCUGCAGGGGGCACCCCAGAGAUGGGGCUGUGGGCGCGGAGUGGGGAGGAGCUGCCCCACGGCAACCCAGAUCCUACCUGUCCUCGCCUCCCAUGGCUUCCUGGAGGAAUCGGGCCUGAGCCAACCCAGAGCAAGGGGGCGAUGGGUGGGAGGGGGGCAGAGAGCCGCACGUGGGCUGAGCAGUCCCGUAGCUGGGGGUUGGAAGUGGCCGAGGCCUCACUGCAGAAGGCCUGGGAGCAGGGCGCUCUGGUGCCUAAGUUAUUGCGUAUUUAUUGAACGAGGGGAAGAAGGUUUGUCUUGUUUGUUUCAUUGCCAGGCAGCCUGGGCUUGCUCCGGUUUAGGCCUCUCCUCCUCCUUUGCACGGACUUUCCCCUUCAGCCAAGCCUGGCCCUCUCCUGCAUCCCGCGGGCUUGCAGUGCUGUGGGCAGCAGUGGGCAGGACCUCUCCCUCUUCCCCUGGGUUACAGCGCUCCGGUCACCAGGGAGCGGAGACGAGCAACCAGGCUGAGCAACGGGCUGGAGCGAUCUAUUGAGGGGAGCCCGCGAGCUGCUUAAGUGGGGACACGAGCCUGCAUCCGCCCAGAGGUGGGGAAUCGCUGACUCGGAUUCGGAGCCUGGAAUUAACCUGGGAAGCUUGGCCCGGAGCCGAGGAGGAAUUCCUUGCCAGUGCGCUGGAUCUAGAUGUUGCUUCUUUCCCCAUUGGGGUCAUGAUAAAACAGCUGCCCCCUGUCUCCCGCCAGGCGCCUCGGCCUCCUGGGUUACGUCCCAGCCAUGUGGUUAGCCAGGGACUAACAUCUGGAUCUGCAUCCAGAACCGUCUCUCCGCCCAGUGCCUCUGACCCAGCGAAGAAUUGGAGCAGGCAGGGGUGUCGAGGGUCAGCGGGGGAGUCAAGUAUCAGAGGGGUAGCCGUGUUAGUCUGAAUCUGUAAAAAGCAACAGAGGGUCCUGUGGCACCUUUAAGACUAACAGAAGUAUUGGGGGAGUAAAGACCAUCUCAGCCCUUCGCAUUGACUGUGGGAGCCCAUGGCGGGGGCAAUGGUCCCGCCCCUCACUCCUGAGUCCUCCGUCCUCCUCUGGUCCCCAUUCUCUCUCCUCCCCGGCUGUAGCGGUUACCCUUAGUAUCCUGCUAAAGCACUCCCAGUGUAGACAGGGCCGAUGGGCCACGCCCAGGGUCACAGGGGAAGUCUGUGGCGGAGCAGGAAUUAAACCCACGUCACCCCCGGCCCAGGCAAGUGCGCAACCCGCUGGCCAAUCUUCCCUGGCAUCCUUCCUGCCAGCUCAGCCCUGCCCAUCAGGCGUCCAGCCAGGGUCCAUGCACUGCUGCCCUAUCUUCUAGCUGUUCCACACUGGGCCUGGAGACCCAAGGGUCCUGCCUUCAUCUGUGCCCACCGUCCAUGAGAGCAGGGGGCAGCGUUUGUACCCGGCGCUUUAUUCCUCCCCUCGGGUCGGAGAUGUCUAGGGGCACAGCCCGUGGACCUUCGCGCUGCAGUGAGCGAGGGGGCCUUUCCCAGGGAAGCGUGGGAGAACCCGCCUGUCCUUUGGGCCCAUGGGGGGAAUUGUCAGAGGACUGCCAGCUCUGGAGAGUGGCGCUCGCCUGCGUCCACACUGCAGAGGGGUGAGCAGCUGCUGCGUUCAGCUCACUCGAGCUGUAGCUUGUACCCCCCGGCGGGCCAGCCCAUGUGUGGGAGCGGGACUCAAGCUAGGGGCAACACCCGAGUUACAACGUGACUUCCCUCUGCAGCGAAGACAAGCCCUGAGUUCGCGUUCUCGCUGCCUGCCUGCACCGCGUUAGUUAGUUAGACACUGGGGCAGCGAGCUCAGGUGCCCGCGAAGGCUACAGCCCUGCCCCACGUGCUGCUGGCUGGAGAGCAAAUCCUUCCACUGGCAUCAAGUCUUUACCCACCAGUCUGAGCUGCCAGCAGAGAGUGGGAGGACGCGGCAGCUGAGACAGGCUACGGCAGAGUUGCACCCGCUGAACUGAAAGUGUUAUUUCAAACCGGUUUAGUCGAACCAGAGCAAAACAUAGCGUCAACGCCCUUAAUCCAAAUUAAACUUGGUUUAUAUCCAUGUAGGUUAGCGACGCAAGGCCCCGCCAGCCCCACCCCUCGCCCACUGGCGCUAACCCCGUCUCCAUUAGCUCGUAGCCAUGGCAGGCUGCGAAUCUGGACCAGCCGCCCGCCGGAGACCCAAAGGCAUUGAGCAAGCGUGUGGUGUUAACGCCCGUCUCCUCUAACUCCUCUGGAGCCAGCUGCGCAUGGGGUCGAUCCCGCAGUCAAAGGUCUGUGGCGCAGGGGACCCCUACAAAGCUCCCUCGCUUUGUGGCGAGUUUGAAUCCAGCCUGAGGCCGCGGCGGUGGCCAGGAGCUGUUGCUGGAUGAGGUUAGUUCCAGCAGCCUGGGCUGCGGCCAACUCUCCAGGUAGGGUGAGCGCCUUUCAUCCCCUUGCCGGCGAUCCCUGGGGGAAAGCCGUGGGCUGCCUCCUUGACUUUCUCUAGGCCCCUUUCCCUGUUAGCCAUCAGGAAUAUCCCAGGGGGUGCGCUGAGUGGCACAGGGCGAGAUCAAGCCUUAAGGACGGGCGAAAGGCCAGAGCACGUCCAGGACUAAUGUGACUGGGUUUGUUCACAGUUCAGUUUUAAGCACAGUUCUCAUUUCAAGAUACCAGCUGCCAAGGGGAGCGGCCCUGGCUGUGCCAGCCCCUUAGGCUGGUGCUGAGGGCAGGUCCCUGCUCACCGAUUUCCCUUUCCGACCAAAGGGAUAGUCACUGUGAUUUGGUUCCAAUGAGGACCUGCCUGUCAGUGAAACAUGGCUGGCUGCUGUCCCUGUGUUAGCACAGCUGUCUCUGGGCUAGGACGGACUGGAACCUUGUUCUGAGCGACUGGUUUGUGGACAUGGGGCAAGGAGUCAGGAGCCCUGGCUUCUGUUCCCAGCUCUGAUGCUGACUUGCUUCCCUGGCCCUUUGGCCCACUCAUUUCACCGCUCUGUGCCUCAGUUUCCCCAUCUGUAAAAUGGAGGCAGUGAUGCUCAUCCGCUUUUCCGGAGCCGUACAGAGGUGAGCACGGAUGGACCGGGAGACGUAGCCAACCCUUGUAGGACUCUGCUAGAUCAUUGGAGCCUUUGCCCAUCCCAAGGAGAAUCUCUGAUGGUGAUUAGUGGCUCUCACAGAGAAAUGAAGGACGUGUUUGGUUUCCAAUGCAGUUUAGCUAUCAGGCGCGGGGAGGAGCCGGUGCCCGUGAGGCCUGGCAGGCUCUCUGCACCCCACCUUGUCUCUUAGUUAGUUAGUGAGGCGUUUGGUGUGACUUUAAUCCUACUAAACUACCGUCGUGUUGUGUUUUUUGUUGUGGUUGAAAUCACGAGCUAUUUUUUUAAUGUUUAAUUUAAUUGUUAUUUGAAACUCUCUUCUUAUGCUUAAUAUUAUUUCUCGGGGGAGGCGGGAGACGAGAAUUUUAAGCGUUAGGAUCUGAAGACUUUGCGAGAUGUUCGCUUUUUAUGUCCAGGAGUAUCACAUUCUGAAGUAAUAAAAGGGCUUGUUUGCUUAGAAA